GAGGGAGAAAGAGAAAAAGAACUGAAGGGAGUGGAGUGCGCGUUUAUCCGGGCAGCCAUUGCGGGUACCUUGUCGAAAACCGCGAAGACGAUAAAGUGCAUUGUGUUAGGCGGAUUAAAAUCCAGGAGAAUCAAGGAUCAUCCUCGUAUCAAGGUGCUCCGUGUGAAGCCCGGUACGCGCACGAAACUCCGGUCCGAUGGCUGAGACCGACAAGUUAAACAUUGACAGCAUCAUAGGUCGAUUGUUAGAAGUACGAGGUGCUAGACCAGGAAAAAAUGUACAAUUGUCUGAAGGAGAAAUUCGGGGACUUUGUCUCAAAUCCCGUGAAAUUUUUCUAUCACAGCCUAUUUUACUAGAGCUUGAAGCACCACUUAAAAUAUGUGGUGAUAUUCAUGGUCAAUAUUAUGAUUUAUUGCGACUUUUUGAAUAUGGUGGAUUUCCACCUGAAAGCAAUUAUCUCUUCUUAGGAGAUUACGUUGAUAGAGGAAAACAAUCUUUAGAAACCAUUUGUCUUCUUCUUGCUUAUAAGAUCAAGUACCCUGAAAACUUUUUCUUACUCAGAGGUAACCAUGAAUGUGCUUCUAUUAACAGGAUAUAUGGAUUUUAUGACGAAUGUAAACGCCGAUACAACAUUAAGUUGUGGAAAACUUUUACGGAUUGCUUCAAUUGUUUACCUGUUGCUGCUAUUGUUGAUGAGAAAAUAUUUUGUUGUCACGGAGGUUUGAGUCCAGAUCUUCAAAGCAUGGAACAGAUUAGACGUAUCAUGCGACCAACGGAUGUGCCAGAUCAAGGACUUCUUUGCGAUUUACUAUGGUCUGAUCCAGAUAAAGAUACUAUGGGUUGGGGUGAGAAUGAUCGUGGCGUAUCUUUCACAUUUGGCGCAGAAAUAGUUGCUAAAUUUUUACAUAAACAUGAUUUUGAUCUGAUAUGCCGUGCACAUCAGGUAGUUGAAGAUGGUUACGAAUUUUUUGCAAAACGACAAUUGGUAACUUUAUUUUCGGCUCCAAAUUAUUGUGGCGAAUUUGAUAAUGCUGGUGCCAUGAUGUCGGUAGACGAGACUCUCAUGUGCAGUUUCCAAAUUUUAAAGCCAGCAGAUAAAAGGAAAUUCACUUAUGGUGGUCUGAACGCAGGACGACCGGUAACACCUCCACGAGGUGCAAAUAACAAAAAUAAGAAGAAGUGAAAUUAUUAGAAUGGUUUUUGGACGUAAAAAACUUAGGAUCUUAUCUACUGUUCCCCACGUCCGUUUUUUUUUUUUUUUGACAUUUGGAAUUCUUAUAAAUGCGAGUUGCUAUUAAUUCAUUGUGAAACAUACGGAGUCCAUUCAAAAGAAAAGAAAAAGAAAAAAAGAAAAAAAAAAAAGAAAAAAAAAGCAAUGACUACUUAACAAAUGGUAGGUAUAAUCCGGAGAGGCGUUGCUCGUUAUUCGCAAGAGGUUUAAAAAAUAAUGAAAGUAAUUCAGUUACGGUAAGGUAGAAUCUAUCGAUCGGAAAUUGAUUUCUGUGUGUACGUAUGCACGGUCGACUUAAAUAUGGAAUAAUAAACACAACAAAAAUAUAUAUAUAUGUUAUAAGAAAAGGUACGAAUUAAUGAGAAGGGAAAAAAGAAACAGAAGUAAUAAACAUCGGGUGUAAAAGAUGAAAAAUCUGAUUAAAAUGACGUAGAUCUUAUAAUAAUAAUAAUGAUAAUGAUGAUGAUAAUAAUAAUAAUAAUAAUAAUAAUAAUAAUAGCUAUCACUCGUUCGAUAAAACGAUCUCUGAACUGUAAUAUUUAGCACUCUUGCAGCUUUUAUAUAGUUCUGUCAAACUGUGACAUCAAAUUAUAUAUACAUACAUAUAUAUAUAUUAUUUUGUUUCGCUUAAAUUUCAUUUGUAAUAACGCGAUACGACCAAAAAAAAAAAAAAAUAUAUAUAUAUCCGGCAAUUUUAUUAUAGCAAAAUAAUAUACGAUAUGUAAGCGCGAUAAUAUAUUAUUAGUAACUGCCUAUGAUCGUCAACUAUCGACUGUAAUACGUCCAUACGAAUCUUGUACAAAGUAAUAUUAUAAUCGAAGCUCAACGUUUCUCUGAAAGAAAAUAAAAAGAACACUCGCACAAACUUCAUGAAACAGAUUGGUAUAAAUGGGUAAUGGAUUUGCGUAAUAAACGUCUUUAUAUAUAUAUA